AUGACAGAACUAAUCCGCGAUACUGUCUUCGGACAUCUCGUACGCCUUGUUACCAGGAAUCGGAUGCUGCAGUAUAUGGAGGAAAAAGAUCCAUCAUUAUGGAAACAGUAUCUCGACCGAGACCAGACCCGGAACAUGGCAUUGUUUGGCCAUCCUCAAUUGACAACUGAAGAGCAGGAGCAGCAGAAAGAGAAGGAGUCUCCAGAAACCCCUUCGACUGCAAGCGACAGUACUUUGCCAGAAACACCAACCGAACGCCAGCCACAUAGACAUCAAAUGCACAGCACCCUCACGGCACAGCGAGUAGACACAGAGAAGGGCCGAGACUUGUCGAUGGUAUCGUGGUGGGGCGACAAUGACCCGGAGGUUCAUGCUAAUAGUCCGCAGAUGCCAAUGAACUGGUCCACCUUCAAGAAAGUCUUGGUAACAUCCGAAAUCUGCCUCCUCACCACCUCCGUCUACAUUGGAUCCGCUAUCUACACUGCAGGCACAGAGUCUGUCGUCAAAACCUUUGGUGUCUCCGAAGUGGCAGCUACUCUAGGCUUGACCCUUUUCGUGGCAGGUUAUGGGCUGGGACCCAUGAUCUGGGCGCCCAUGUCUGAAAUCCCUCAAUUCGGCAGGAACCCCAUCUACAUUGGCACUCUUGCCGUUUUUGUCAUACUUCAGGUGCCAACGGCCCUCGCGGUCAAUUUUGGCAUGCUACUGGCCUUUCGUUUCAUCACCGGUUUCAUUGGCAGCCCUGUGCUUGCAACUGGUGGAGCAAGCAUGGGUGAUAUGUACACGCCCAAGAAAAGAGCGUAUGCGAUUGGCAUCUGGGGUAUCUCUGCUGUCUGUGGGCCAGUACUUGGGCCUUUGAUUGGUGGCUUUGCCGUUCAAGCUGAAGACUGGACCUGGACUAUUUGGGAAUUGAUGUGGUUAUGCGGUUUCACGCUUGUGCUGUUGGUGUUCUUCCUGCCAGAGACUAGUUCUACGAACAUUCUAUAUCGGAGAACGAAAAGAUUGAGGAAGUUAACGGGCAUUGAGACUCUAAGGUGUCAACCCGAGAUUGAGGCCGAAAACAUGACUGGGAAGGAUGUAAGUCUGAUACCCACAGGCAUACCGCAUUGGAAGAUGCUAACGUUCACAAGAUCGCCAUGA